AUUCUUAUUUCCAUCCCUCCGUCUAUGCAGAAGAUGCAAAUGAAUGCUUGAGAAAUUCCAUCGUUCUCAUUUUUUAACCAUGAUUCUUCCAUGACAAGAUUCACUAGAUAUACGGUCACGAUCCACUAUUAACCUAUCCACGUGUCGAUAGCAUCCAGCAUAUUUCAAUAGACACGAUUCCAUCGUACCAUUUCCCUUCAAAUUUUCGAGGGAUGGCGGAAGGAGUUCGUUUUUCAUCUGUCGCGACUGAGCAUCCAGCAUGUGUCUCCAGCCACUUGGUCCGAACGCUGAGGCGGUCUUAUAAUUCAAACCGUCCAUAUUCUCUUCACUACCAUUAGUAGCUAUUUUCCUAUAAUCAUGUUUCAUAGAUGAUCCUAUCCUUCGAUUUAUGGAUUUAAAUGCAACCCAUUAAACACUUUCCUCAUCUCUCGUAGAUCCAACAAAAUGGAUGGUUCUAAUUAAUGGAACCUCCCACAUGUGGGCCCAGCUGGCUGCGACAUACUCUAUAUCCUCAGUCACGAUAUACAGUAGAACGAUCUCGACUGGAAGAGAGCAUGAUUCCCUCCAUCUUCCUUAUAUGAAGACCAAUAGAGAGAGAGAGAGAGAGAGAGAGAGAGAGAGAGAGUCUCAUUCUCUCUCAUUCUCUAACCCUAAUACACCAUCAUGGCCCCGCGGAUCAUCAACAGAGGGGGGUCCACCCAUCACGAAUCCUACACCGUUCGAUUAUCUCGUCGCUACCUCAUCAUCACCACCGUCACCAGUACACCCGCCGUCGUCCGCUCCUGGAUCUACCACACCUGCCGCAUCCAUGGCUUCCGCCUCCACAAGCUCGUCGUCGGCCUCGGCGUCCAAUGGCGGCCCGUCGGCCGCUACAGGAACUGGUCCCGUGCCGCCACCCUCCAGCUCUGCGUUGGCCAUCGAUGCCUCAUCUUCCAGCUGGUCUACGUACAUUCCGUCCCGCAAGCUCUCCGUAAAUUCCUAGCCAACACCAACAUCACAUUCGUCGGCAUCUGGAACAAUCUCGAUGCUAAAUAUCUCCAACGGGAUCAUGGAUUGUAUGUCCAUGAUCUGCUCGAUCUCCGGUCCUGCGUCGGAGAGACGGAUGGUAGGUGGGAUCUGAAGCAGGCGUCGAUGGGCACGCUGGCGUUGGAGUUUCUUGGAAUUUCUGGAUUGGAUAAGGACACGACGGUCGGAAGAAGUGAUUGGGAAGCACUGCUGCUCGAUGACGAUCAGGUUCUCUAUGCUUGUACUGAUGCUUUCGUUUCGUUCGAGAUAGGGAAGCGUCUGCGAUUGUGGGAAUUCAGGUCGAGGUUACAUAUUGGGGAAUGAUGGGUCAUUAGCAUUCAGGUUUUUGGGCGUUCUUACUUUGGACAGUCAGAUGGUGGUUUUCGUUUCUUUUCACAGUUCAGAUGGUUAGACG